CGUCGAAGCUAAAGGAGACGAGAGCCAGCCGAGUAGCCGAGUGCUGUGGUCACCGUGUUGCUACUCGCUUUGGUGGCUGUUGGUGUGUCCCUGCAGCGAAAGGUCCUGGUUGACAGUGAAAAAGCAGUCUGGCUCCCGAGGUCGACCCCUCCUACCCCAAGGUCCAGAUGGCGGCCAACGUGGGUGAUCAGCGUAGCACAGAUUGGUCUUCUCAGUACAGCAUGGUGGCUGGGGCAGGCCGAGAGAAUGGCAUGGAGACGCCAAUGCGUGAGAACCCGGAGUGGGAGAAGGCCCGCCAGGCCCUAGCCAGCAUCAGCAAAUCCGGAGCUGCCGGCAGCUCUGCCAAGGCCAGCAGCAAUGGGCCUGUGGCCAGCGCACAAUAUGUGUCGCAGGCAGAAGCCUCGGCUUUGCAGCAGCAGCAGUACUACCAGUGGUACCAGCAGUACAACUAUGCCUACCCCUACAGCUACUACUAUCCCAUGAGCAUGUACCAGAGCUAUGGCUCCCCCUCCCAGUAUGGGAUGGCCAGCUCCUAUGGCUCAGCCACACCCCAGCAGCCAUCCGCACCCCAGCACCAAGGGACUCUGAACCAGCCACCAGUCCCCGGCAUGGACGAGAGCAUGUCGUACCAGGCUCCCCCUCAGCAGCUGCCCUCAGCCCAGCCCCCUCAGCCCUCAAACCCCCCGCAUGGGGCUCAUGCGCUCAGUAGCGGCCCCCAGCCUGGAACGGCCCCAGCCACACAACACAGCCAGGCGGGGCCCGCCACGGGCCAGGCCUACGGGCCACACACCUACAGUGAACCUGCCAAGCCCAAGAAGGGCCAACAGCUGUGGAACCGCAUGAAGCCAGCCCCUGGGACUGGAGGUCUCAAGUUCAACAUCCAGAAGCGACCCUUUGCUGUUACUACCCAGAGCUUUGGCUCCAAUGCAGAGGGCCAGCACAGCGGCUUUGGCCCCCAGCCCAACCCUGAGAAAGCUCAGAACCACAGUGGGUCCUCUGCCCGGGGCAACCUGUCUGGGAAGCCCGACGACUGGCCCCAGGACAUGAAAGAGUAUGUGGAGCGCUGCUUCACCGCCUGUGAGUCGGAGGAGGACAAGGACCGCACUGAGAAGCUGCUCAAGGAGGUGCUGCAGGCCCGGCUACAGGAUGGCUCUGCCUAUACCAUCGACUGGAGCCGGGAGCCGCUGCCAGGGCUGACCCGCGAGCCUGUGGCUGAGAGCCCCAAGAAGAAGCGGUGGGAAGCUCCUAGCAGCCUUCAUCCUCCUAGAGGGGCGGGCUCGGCGACAAGGGGCGGGGGUGCCCCAUCCCAGCGAGGGACACCGGGGGCUGGGGGUGCUGGUCGAGCCCGGGGCAACAGCUUCACCAAGUUUGGCAACCGCAAUGUCUUCAUGAAGGACAACAGCUCUUCUUCCAGCACCGACUCCCGCUCCCGCUCCUCCUCCAGGUCUCCAACGCGCCACUUCCGCAGAAGUGACUCCCACUCAGACUCCGACAGUUCCUACUCAGGGAAUGAGUGUCACCCUGUGGGCCGCAGGAACCCGCCCCCUAAGGGCCGGGGUGGCCGAGGGGCCCACAUGGACCGGGGCCGAGGCAGGGCACAGCGUGGGAAGAGGCAUGAUCUGGCUCCCACCAAGCGCAGUCGAAAGAAGAUGGCAGCACUGGAGUGUGAGGACCCUGAGCGUGAGCUGAAGAAGCAGAAGCGGGCAGCCCGCUUCCAGCAUGGACACUCCCGUCGCCUGCGGCUCGAGCCCCUGGUCCUGCAGAUGGGCAGCCUCGAGGGCAGCGGGGCUGACCCUGACUGGCAGGAGCUGCAGAUUGUGGGCACCUGCCCCGACAUCACCAAGCACUACCUGCGUCUCACCUGUGCUCCUGACCCGUCCACCGUGCGCCCUGUGGCUGUUUUGAAAAAAUCGCUGUGCAUGGUCAAGUCCCACUGGAAAGAGAAGCAGGAUUACGCGUUUGCCUGCGAGCAGAUGAAGUCCAUCCGGCAGGAUCUGACGGUGCAGGGCAUCCGCACGGAGUUCACGGUAGAGGUGUAUGAGACCCACGCCCGGAUCGCCUUGGAGAAGGGCGACCACGAAGAGUUUAACCAGUGCCAGACGCAGCUCAAGUCGCUGUACGCCGAGAAUUUGCCUGGCAACGUGGGCGAGUUCACUGCCUACCGAAUCCUCUACUACAUCUUCACCAAGAACUCAGGAGACAUCACCACGGAGCUGGCAUACCUCACACGGGAACUGAAGGCAGAUCCUUGUGUGGCCCAUGCCUUGGCACUAAGGACAGCCUGGGCCCUGGGCAACUACCACCGCUUCUUCCGGCUCUACUGCCACGCACCCUGCAUGUCUGGCUACCUUGUGGAUAAGUUUGCAGAUCGGGAGCGCAAGGUUGCCCUCAAGGCCAUGAUCAAAACCUUCCGCCCUGCGCUGCCAGUCUCCUACCUGCAGGCCGAGCUGGCCUUCGAGGGCGAGGCCGCCUGCCGGGCCUUCCUAGAGCCCCUGGGCCUGGCCUACACGGGCCCGGAGAACUCCAGCAUCGACUGCCGCCUCAGCCUGGCGCAGCUGUCAGCCUUCUGAGCACCCAGCGAGGAGGGGGCGGGGGCAGGGGCUGCAGCCCCCAGCGCUGCCUUUGCGGAUUCUGUUUUUGAGCCGUGGACUUGGGUUGUAAAUUUAUUUGUGGGGAGUGGGCUCCAGGAAGAGCCACCGUCCCUGCCCCCAUUUUCCCAGUGGGGAGUCUGUACAGAGAUUUUUCUACGUUUUUAUUUUUUGCCUCAGAGGGAUGGGACUGGGGAGGAGGGGAUGGGCAGCGGAGGGUUGGGGGCAUGGUCUGCAGGCUCAUCUGUGUCCGCCUUUCACUCCACUAAUGCUGUCUCAGUGUUUUCUCUCUCUCUCUUUCGAGCUUGCACUCCGGUACCCGACCCAGCGCCCUGGCCCAUCCCAUGCCAGGGGGCCGGUGGAAAGAAGACAGGCUGUCCAGCCCAUGCCCGCCUGUGGCGGGGGCACCCAGCAAGCCCGCCCACCGCCUGCUGCCUCACCUGCCUCACCACAGACUCUUGUUCCCAGCCCCAUGGGGCCUCCGUGUUUGGGGUGAGGGGAGCUGCUUAGAGACUGUGCCCGUCCUCGGCCCCCCACCCUGAAGUGCCAGCACCACCAGCACCAGAUCCUUCGCCGCCACACCGCACUGAGGACACGUCGGCUGGGCCGCCUCGUCUCAAGUUGUAUUAAGUUGUCUUCGUGUCCCCUCCUCCCUCUGCCCCCAAUGUUUCUUCUGAUUUUUUUUUCCCCUUUCCCUCCCUCCUCCCCACAUUCCUCCCUUGGUUCAGCACAGGUAAAAUGGUUCCCUUCCUUCCCUGCCUUCAUGGAUCACCAGCUCACGUCAUGUUUCCUUCUCUUUUCUUUGUGUGUGUGUUUCAGUUAUUUUUCUUCGUCCUCUCCCUUUUCUUUUUGGCCCUCCCUCCCUCCCUCUUCUGCCAUGUAACUGGAGGAUGUGCUAUGAGUUUGCAAACAGCUGGACUGUCAGGCUGCUUUUUUUCCAGAUGUUCCUCCUCUGCCUCCCCUUCCCCUCCUCUCCCCUCCCUUUCCUUCCUUCCUUCCUUUCCUUGGAGCACUGAGCACCAUUUGGAAGCUUAAGAGAAACCAAAAUUAAAGAGAGAGAGAGAG